AUGCAGAGCACAGUUCGCGAGCCUCAAUCUGACCGCACCUUUGACGCAAAUGCCCGGAAGCAGCCAUGGAGCCACGUAUGGUUGCAAGCCGAAGGCCCACCAGAGCCUCCACUGAGCGGGCGUAUUCAUGCGAGCACGUCUUUACGUCCGUGCUCGAUAUCCCGCCACCGACUUCUGGUCUCGGGAGAAGAUAUGCUGCGGACAUGA